CGAAUUCACCACUUAUAACGCUUAAGCCAAGAGAAUGUUAAUAGUCAUACAAAUACUCUCUCUCUCUCUCCCACAUUAGUUAACAUGGCUUCCCCUGCAGCCUUCAAUGUCCGUGGCAAAAUUUCCCCAACUGAUGAAUCAGCUCCCACCUCCCUAUUUCCGAUGCCAAUCCGGCCAUCCUCUCGCCGGGCUCGCUCUCUCUCGGGCGACGAUACUCCCUUAUUUGCGCCUAGCACCCCUCUUCGUUUCUCAGGAAUUCCCUUUUCUUGGGAAAGUCUCCCGGGAAUUCCCAAGAAACAGGUUCCCAAGAAGAAGGAUUAUUUCCCGUCAUUACCAUUGCCGCCUGUACGCACUCCAAAAAAUUCCCCCAUGAAAUCCAAUUUACUACAAAGAAACUCCGAGAAGGAUCCGUUUUUCAAGGCAAUGGUUGAGUGUUCCAAGGACGACGUUCGUGACUCAGAUUUGUACCCACUCAGUAAUAUUCUCAAGGGAUCAAGGGUAACUCGGACACUAAGCGGCCGAUUUGGAUUUAUAAGCGAAAAAGCUUCUUGCAAGAGGAGCUGUGCAGUCUCAGAGUCCAUCAUUUUCAUCCCCCGGCCAGGCUGAUAACAAGGCAUCGCAAACUCGAUCCGGCCGACCAACUCCUAUCGGUAAGUGUACGUUCAUCUGGACAAAUUACGUAGUGCCUAUGCAUGGGGCACCGCGCAUCAUGGCGGUGUAUAAUCCCAUGGUCCCUUUUCCACUACACAUUGAUAUGAGACUCAAGGCUAAGAAUGUGAACCUCACACCAAUGUGUGGUGAAGAAGAUAUUUAUGGCACCACAUGGUGGGGGUCCAGGAACACUAAAUAAUCUCUCGUUUUGGAUGUUUCAAAUUGUACAAAGCUAGGCUUCCAAAUUCGAGCCAUGCUCCUUACUUUAUUUGCACUCUUUUUGGCUAGUUCUAUGGUGUGUCAAGACAACUCUGUUCCUCAAUUCCAUACAUGUUUUAACUUUAGAGCACUUCUAGGUGUACAAAUCCCAUGUACACAACUCAACACGGACGUUUUUGUCAUCUUCAUGUAUUGUAGGACCCACUUCUUGUAAUGAUUUGUAUUCGAAUC